CCGCUUCUGUCACCACAGGACCACCGCCAAAUAAAUCAGCACCCCCACCCCCACCCCCACCCCCACCACGUCUGCUCCACAUCGAUAGCCUCUUACAUCUCCUUUCCUAAACGGCGCGCUUUUAUCGCGAAGAGAAUACAAAAGCAGUGACCAAGAAGACCUGUGUUUGGUUACAGAGAAAGCAAGAGAAAAGAAAAUGGCGUUGAAUUCACAGAAAUGGGGUUAUGUAAGGAUCAUAACUGGCACAAUUCUUGGUGGGGUUCUUGGGUUCUAUGUUAUGCACCGGGUGGAAGUCAGCUACAAGGAAAAGAUGAAGAAGAGAUUGAGAGAGUAUGAAAAGGAAUUGCAGAAGAAAGAGGAGUUGAAACAGCUCGAGGAAUCCAUGUAGUUUUCCCUUUCUUUUCUUUUCUUUUUAGUUUUCUUUUUGGUUGCUGAGAAAAGGGUGGAAAGUGAAAGAAAAUAGAAGUAAUGUUCUACUCCAUCAAAGCAAUCUAAUUAAAAUGAACACCAAGAAGGUGAGAGAAUUAUGGAUUUGUUGUUGGUUUAGCAUAUUGGUUGAGCUUUUGACUUUACUUGAGAUGGAUUGUAGUUGAUCACCAAUAUUGGGAAAUUGUUGGCUUGUUUGCUGUCCAUUACAACUAGGUUGUCAGCAUCACUUUGAUGCUUCAUUGGCAGCUCUUAUACCAUUAUGGCUGAGUAGGUGCCAGUCCAGGGUUGAAAUAUCAGUCUGGAGUUUUGGAAAUUCUGUUAUCCAGUAAUUGAUACGCAGAAAACUCAUUGAUUUGAAUGUGUAGAGAACUCAUUGAUUCAUCUUGAAA